GUUUUUAACUAACAUUUCCUAAGUGUUAGUUUAAAUUUUUUUUGGUGCUGAGCUGAGACAGGGACAGGCAAGCAGGAGGAAGGGGAUGGAGUGGCGCCGUUAGCGAGGCAAGGUUCAGUCUACUCGUUGACGUUCGACAGAUCCCAGAGCACCCUCGGCGGGGCCGCCGCCAGCUGUGGCGGUAGCCGUGGCAUCCCCAAGGGUUUCGGCUCCGUGAACAUGGACGAGCUGCUCCGGAGCAUCUGGACCGCAGAGGAGACCCAGGCCAAGGCCUCCGCCUCUAUCGCAGGAGCGAGCGCGGGGAUGCCCCCCACGCCGAUGCAGCGGCAGGGAUCGUCGCUCACACUGCCCCGCAUGCUCAGCACCAAGACGGUCGACGAGGCGUGGAGAAAUCUCGUGCGCGACGAACCGCCGCAGGGGGCGGACGGCGGCGGACACCAGCCGCCCCACCGCCAGUCAACGCUCGGGGAGAUGACUCUGGAGGAGUUCUUGGUCAGAGCUGGCGCGGUCAAGGAGAACCCCGCUUCUGCUCCUCCAGCGCCGCCACCCAUGGUGCCGCCGCGGCCGGUACCUGUUGCCCCUAAAAGCUCCGCCUUUUUUGGGGAUUUACCGGGUGCCGACGACGACGCAGCUACGGCAGCGGUAGGGUUUGCACCGGUCGGCAUGGUGGAUCUGGCCCUGAUACCGCCCAGGGCGGCAGGCAUGGGAGGCAGCGCCAUGGCUGUGCAAACAGCGGUGAGCCAGCUUGAUUCUGUCGGGAAGGGAUACAGCGACCUGUCGUCGCUGACGGAGCCGCAAACUUUUUCGUUUGAAAGAAUGAUUCGGGGGAGAAGGCAUGGAGGCGGAGUGGAGAAAGUGGUGGAGAGGCGGCGGCGGAGGAUGAUCAAGAACAGGGAGUCCGCCGCGAGGUCCCGAGCGCGCAAACAGGCUUAUACAAUGGAGUUAGAAGCCGAAGUUCAGAAACUCAGAGAGCAGAAUCAGGAACUGGAGAGGAAACAGGCAGAAAUUAUGGAAAUGCAGAACAACGAGGUAUCAGAAAUGUUGAAGGAUCCAUUCGGACGGAAGAAACGGCUGUGCUUGCGAAGAACGUUGACGGCCCCCUGGUGACGAUUGCCUAGAACAGCACAUGACUUGCACUUGCUACGUACCUGCAGGGGCGUUUGGGAUCUGUAGAUAAUUUCUCUCCUAUAGUGUAGCGAUGAACCCAUGAACAUGAACAUAAUCUAAAUGAUUGUACUGUUAGCUCCCUUCUGCCGCUUACGUAGUACUGGAGUACCGUAUUGGUGGAGUCGAAAACUGACAUGUAAAUUAUGUACGUAGUAGAGAACAAAAUGGAGUGAAGCCGGUCGCAAGAGUUGUGGCUUCAGUCAUCCUCCAGAGCUUGUGCAGAGUUGCCUAGGUUUUGCAUCUUGCUGGCACAUCCAGACUCCAGAGCUUGUGCAGAGUUGUCUAGGUUUUGCCAUCUUCCAGAGCUUGUGCAGAGAAUGAAUGAUUUUAAAAGAUC